AUGUCUCUAAGUGAUGCACCACGCAGCGAUCGGCCACAAAGUCUGAACAAUGAGGCCCUGAGAGCAGCCAUAGAGAGUGACAGUAGCCAAACAUGUGGUGAACGUUCUGCACGCAUCCAGGUAUCCGAUGAAACGAUCAGACUCCGUUUGCACCGCAUCGAAAAGGCACACAAGUUGAGCAAGUGGAUACCCCAUUCACUGUCCGAUGCAAAUAAGGAACAGCAUGUCGCUUCCUGUUUGCCAUUGUUUACACGGAACCGCAGUGCCUCCAUAUUUGAUCGAGUAUUCACCAACGAGGAAACUUGUGUCCAAUAUGACACAUCCAGACAGGCUUGUACUCGCAGCAGUUGGAACGUGUGCAUCAUUCACUAA